GUACUGUCUGUAGUACUGGUAGUAUCAGUGGUGAUGACAGACUGUGGGCGGAGCUACAUCGAGCUGCUUCAACAGGAAGUCAAUAAAAAUUACAGGCUGCUGGAUGUGGGGAAGGAGGAGGAGUCCCCCCCACCUUGCAAGGCCCUCCCACUGCUCUGCAGCAUCCCUCAGAGGCUGGUGAUCUCCCCAGGCCUCGGAGGAACGCCGGUCACGCCCCAGCUGACCGAGAGUCUGAGGAAGAUUCUGUUCGGUGGAACAUUUCACGUCUUCAGCUAUGAGUGGAGGAAAUCCUUCUUCAAGUUUAGAGAACCCAACUCCGACUUCUCGUACGCUCUGGAGGCGGACCAGGGCGGGGCUCGGGCCAUUCAGAUGGUCGUCCAGGCUCGCAUCAUCAAACACCUGCUGUUUGGCCAACAGGGCGCCUCGAACAGACAGACGCUGCACAGUCUGAGGGAGGUGGGACAGACAGACCAGGAGAGGGCGCUGGCGGCGGCGCUGUCUGACAGUCUGUGGUUGGCUGGCCAGGAGGCGACUGCCACUGUUACCUUGGUAACCGAGAACUACUGCAUCACACCCCACCUGGACUACAAAUUUGACAACUUCACAGAGAAGCUGCAGCUCUUCACUUUCACCAGAGAGGAGGACGUCAGGAAGUUCCUCCUGGACCACAUUCAGUCUUUCACAGAGGAGGGGAGUCAUGGCAUCAUCCUGUUCCUCUACAGCCUCAUCUGCUCUCGCACCGUCGACAGGCUCCGGGGGGAUCUUGACUCAUCCACUGCCCACCUCCUGCACCUCAGUUUGGGAAAUUUUGUAUGUCAUCAGGCUCUGCUGAACCUGCUGCUGAACGGCAGAGCCAGUCCUUAUGUCUUCAAUGGGACUUUGUUCUUUGGGGAGGAUGGUAGGCCGCUGGAGCACCCCCAGCAAGGCGUCCUGUCCCGCAGCGAUGUGGGUUACCUGUACUGGAGCAGGGAGAAGAUGGACCGAGGGAGGCUGCCACAGGUGGGAAGCAUGCUGAAGACACCCCGGUUUCCUGUCUGGGUCUGCUGCAUCAACGGCAGCCACUCGGUUCUGUUCAGUCUAAACCGGUCCCUGCUGUCCGACUGGAGGAUGGAGCACCAGUUCCAGCUCUUCUACUACAAUGGCCAGAACUCUCAGAGAACCACAGCCCGGCUCAGUGUUGAUACCCAUUCCCACCACUGGGAGGCACCGUGCAAAGACCCAGACAGAGACCCGGAGAAAAGGCUUCCUUCGCUAGAAAUGACCAUCAGGACCAAGUGGGACGGAGCUGUUGUCAACUGGAACGGGACCCCCCCCUUCUACUGACCCCCCUCUCCUAACUGACCCUUAUUAAACUUUCUCUUGAUGUAGACGACAGAGAAACUGAAUCAGAAUUCUGGACCAAACAUUUCCUGAUCAAUAACUGAUGUCUCACUUUAUUUCAAUGACCUGAUCAAUAUAUCAGCUGAUCAUUAUUCAAACAGAACAGUUCUUACAGAAUAAAUUGAUCCG